AUGAGCGACACAGAUUUUUGGUCAUCACUUCCCCUCGAUACGACUAUGUAUUACUUCCCACCCACACCGCCAGAAAGUCCCUUCGACUUCGCUUUCCCCAUCGAAACACCGCCCGAAACUCCAUUCUCUGACCAUCCCAAUGUCGACCCACCACAAAACCCCCCAUCCGAGCAACAGCCUACACAAAACAUAAUUCCACAAGACACAACCCGUCUCGACGGCCCGGCAUCUCUCCCCCAACACGAAAACUUCGGGCUGGAAGACGCCGUGGAAGAAUGGGCGUGCAAAACUUGGGGACUGGACAAUCGCGAGGUAGAAGGCAUGGAAACGUAUGUGCGGUAUCUGAUGGGCGAGGAAGGACAGUUUGAGGAGAGUUUUGCAGGGGCGCUGGAGGUGGGUGAGGGGAUCGGGUAUGAGGGGGAUUUGGGAAUCGAGUGGGAUGAUGCGGUGAGGAUGUGGGAUGAGGCUGUGAGGGAGUGGGAGGAGACGGUGGAGGGGGCUGCUGCUACUACGCAGGUAGAGGGGUGGGGGGAGGGAGUUGAAGACUUUUUUUGUGCUCAGACUCAGUAG